ACGGACCUAAAUUAUGAGGAAGAUAUAGAAAAGAAAGGGAAGAAAAGUCCAAACUAUUUGAGAUUUGUUGCCGCUCCUACGGCGGAAAACAUCGCAAAAAUGGCCAACAAAAACCAACUUCCAACAGCGUCUGGUGGACAGCACCUUGGUAGCACACCAAUAUAUAAUCCUACUGUCCCUUUCGUGUACAAAAAUCUAAAGAGUGUGGUACCAGGAAAGAUAUUUUACAUCAGCGGAAUACCUUUUCAGAUCCCGAAACGAAUUACAAUCACUUUUAAGAGUAAAGGUGAUCAGGUGUUUCAUUUUGACAUCAGAUUCUGUUUCCUUCAUGACAGCAAUGUAAUAGUUAGGAAUACGUAUACCUGGCUCGACAACAGAUGGGGCCAAGAGGAAAGAACUCUGAAUGGACAAUUUCCUUUCAAAGAAGACAAAUUCUUCGAAAUACUGAUUCUGAUUGAUUCGGCUAGCUUUAAGGUAGCAGUAAACAAUCAACCUAUAUUAGAAUUCAUGCACCGAGUUCCCUUUUGUCGCAUCGACUCGCUUCAUAUAACCGGUGAUGUUCGGCUCUGUCAGGUCGGACCAUAGUUAUCGAAUGGCCACUGAAAACAGCAGGAUGAUUGAGAAAAACGAAGAAAAACAUCUGAAUAACAUUUACAAACAUUCUUAUAUGUGUAUAUUACUUGCGCAUAUUGAUAUACAUGUACUCAGUCCAUUUACAUUUCACGGUUAUGUAAAACUGGUAAAAAUAUAGUUGAAACUAUUGUAAAGAUGCAUGGAAAAAAAUUAAAGUGAAUUGAGAAUACAUAUUAAUGUCAAAAUCAUUAUUUGGGUGAAACCACAUGCAAAAUUGAUAAAUGUGGCAUAGAUAUGUACUCUUUAUACAUAUGUUUAUGUACUUUUAUAAUUUGUUGUAAAGACAGAAAGAGUUUCAUUAAUCUUUUUCAUCAUCCUUGGUAGUUAAAUGUAACUCUUGCCAGCCAUUGAAUUCCGAAAGCACACACGGAGAAUCAGUAUGAUCACUCUGGCCUUUAUGCUACGCGAAACCCUAAGUUUCACGAUUAAGGGAGGGUACUAAAUCAAAUUCAAACUAUACAAGAGGCAAAUGAAAACUGUACGUUGAUGCGACAGCAUACCUCCAUUCCAGAAUUGUUGCAAAUGGUGUGGUAAACACUGUUUGAUGUAAAAUAUAUUAAGUAAUGUCAUCAUUUUACCAGAAAAUUAUCCAAAUCAUCAUGAAAUGGAUUCUAGUAAAGCCGAUAUUUGCAAAUUAAACUUCAAUUCUCCUCUGUUAUGGCUGUAUUUGACAUAAGCACUUUCCUUGUAAGAUAUGAAAUUUUAAAUAAAAUUUCCGCAUUACGUCAUCCAAAUGUUAAGUGUUUAGGAGAAGACCUUUAUAAGCUUAGUUUUCGGAUCUUAUCCUUUUUCAACAUGUAUAAUAUCGAUAUUGUAAAUUGUAAAAUGUAAUAUGCACAUAUGUUUGAAAUAAAAUAUGUUUAAAUCAAC